AUGUUGACCUGCCUGGAAUUUGCGCCUCACACAUUUACCUGUCUGAUCGCAUGCUUGACGUUCGUUUUUGCAAUCAAUGCGCUCGAUAUUGACAAGGAACUCAGGCCAAAGCUGUCAGCGAAUGCAUCAAUCGAUCAUCCAGCUGUAGCCGUGCGCUGGAGCGACUAUGACCCAUUGGCCCCCAACAGUAUCGUCAACAUCGCAUCCGAACAGGACGUGCUCUUGACUGUGCAAUACUGCAUCGCAAACGAUAUCACCUUUCUUGCCUCGGGCGGGGGCAACGGUUGGUCUACGACACUCAACAUUGGACCUGCCGACGUCAUCAUCAAUCUGCAGGGCAUCUCCGCAAUUACAUUUAAUGGAGGAAAGACAGAAGUCACCAUUCAAGGAGGCGCGAUCGUCAGAGACGUUGUCAGUGCGGCAUAUGACAAUGGCGCACAAGUCGUCACAGGCAAUUGUAAUUGUAUCGGCAUCUUCGGCGCGAACCUUGGCGCUGGGUACAGUCGCUUGAUGGGUCUCUAUGGAUUUGGAGUCGACAACGUCCUCUCGAUGACGGUGGUGAAUGCCGAUGGCAACUUCCAGACCAUUACUCCAGCAGACACAGAUCUUUGGUGGGCAUAUCGAGGGGCAGGAGCCAACUUUGGCAUCGUCACAUCAGCGACCGUGAAAUCUUAUCCAGUACCAACCGAACAAAACGGAGCCUGGCUUGGCCCUCUCAUAUUUGCGCCAGAGAAACUCGAGAUACUCGUCCAGGCCAUUAACGAUCUCGUCCUGGCCCCUGAAAUGGCCAUCUUUUUGUACUUCGCAGCGACUCCGCCAGGCUACACGCCCAGUAUUAUAGUUUUCCCCUUCUACCUUGGUACGGAAGCAGCAGGUAGAGCUGCCUUCAGCUCCAUCUUCGCAGUCGGACCGAUUACGGAACAAACAGCAUGGCAACCAUACAACGUGGUGAAUGCAGGAAGCGAAGCUUUCUGCGUCAGAGGUGGCCGCAAGCCAUCUUAUUCAGCUGCUGUCAACACCUUAAAUCCAACGAUCUUUCGCGCGAUCUGGAACGAGUAUCUUAGUUUCCUACAGAAUCCAGGCACGGAACAAACGACGGUCCUCGUGGAGCGUUACGCACUCGAAAAAGCGAAGUCAUUCGGCAACGAAUCCUCUUCUUACCCGUGGCGUUCGGCUGAGUAUAACGUUAUAGUUGAAACGUGGUAUGAUAAUUCAGCUCUAGAUGGCGCGGCCAAUGUCUUCGGCCAGAGUGUUCGCGCUCUCCUGUGGUUGGCAAAUGGAGGUACACCACCCGCUAGGUAA